UCGAAGUCUAUUCAAGUAGCAGGAAGAACUCACCGACACAGCCGGCACCACCGCCGGCGCCACUACUGCCUUUGAUGGGCCGACGACUCAGGAGGCUGGUGGGCGCUCUCAAGGACAAGGCAUCCAUCGGGAAGGCCCUCGCCCUUCCCAAGUUAGACCUCCUCCCCAUCCGCCUCGCCAUCGUAGAGGCCACCUCCCACGAUCCCUCCUCCCCUCCUCCCCACCGCCACAUCUCCACCAUCCUCGCCACCGCCGGCCACUCCUCCCGACUCGUCGCCUCCACCUGCGUCUCCUCCCUCCUCGACCGCCUGCACCAAACCCGCAGCUGGGCCGUCGCGCUCAAGUGCCUGAUCGUCGUCCACCGCAUCGCCCAGCAGGGUCCCUUCAUCCUGCAGGACCAGCUCGGCUUCUACCCGCCCGCCGGCGGCCGCAGCUCCCUCAACCUUGCCAACUUCCGCGACCCCUCCUCCCCGGAGGGCUGGGCCGUCUCCUCCUGGGUCAGGUGGUACGCCCGCUUCCUCGAGUCCGUCCUUCAGGCCUCCCGCGUCCUCGGCUACUUCUUCAACUCCGGCCGGCCGGACGGCAACCUCGAGGACGACGUGGCCGCCAUGACUAACGUGGAGCUCUUGAAGGAGCUGGAGGCGUUGGUGCCGGUGAUGGAGGAGAUAUACCGGCCUGAAUUCCUGGAUGGCGGCCGGAAUCCGGUGGUAGCCGAGGCGACGAGCUUAGUCGUGGCGGACCUUCAUCUUUUGCAGGAGGAAUUGCUUCUGAGGGUGAGGGAAGGAGAAGAAAGGAUUCCAGCCUUAAGCUUCCCGGAAUUGGCGGACUUCGUUUCGGCCGUGAAGAGAUUGGGAGCACUGCUGGAGUGCCCGGCAUUGGUUUAUGGCGUUAAAGCCACUGGGAGACUCAGGGACUCGGUGUUUCGGUUUCUCCAGGCUGCCCCCAAGCCUAGCCUUCUCACUGGCGGUGCAAAUCGUACACAGGCGUUCUCCGAGUCGGCUCGCUUCGGAAGCGGACGUCUCGUCUCACCGGAGGUCAGGUUCUUCUCCUGCAGGCGAGAAUAUUUACCUGUUUGAUUAAGCCAGGAGGCGACAGCUUUCUUGGGAUCCCACUUGUAUGUAGUUUUUUUUUACCAUUUAUUAUUAAAUCUGUGAAAGAAUUCCCUGUUUGGAAAAGAAAACAAAUUAAGAGGCAGUCGUAUCUAUCUAACCUACAUAUAUAUAAAAAGU